AUGCCCUCAGAAUUUCAUUCUGAUAUCUUUUUUUCUUUUCGAAAGCUCAAAACUUUAAAUAAACUAAUAGCUUUUCCAGGGACAGAGAAUAGUAAAUUUCUUCAAAAAUAUAGCAAAAAUAGCUUAAUACACUCAUCCUCCAAUCAAUAUUGAACUCCAUAUAAAGAAGGAAAAUUUUUUAAUAAUUUAGCCUGCAAUUAA